CAGAGCCCAGGGCGCGCGCGGAGCCUCCCAGUGUCCCGCUCCUGUGGCCGCAGCCAUGACGGAGAACUCAGACAAAGUGCCCAUCGCCCUGGUGGGACCCGACGAGGUUGAGUUCUGUAGCCCCCCGGCGUACGCCACGGUGACCGUGAAGCCCCCCAGCCCCGCGCGGUUGCUCCAGGUCGGAGCGGUGGUCCUCAUUUCGGGGGCGGCGCUGCUGCUCUUCGGGGCCAUCGGGGCCUUCUACUUCUGGAAGGGGAGCGACAGUCACAUUUACAAUGUCCAUUAUACCGUGAGUAUCAAUGGGAAAUUACAAGAUGGGUCAAUGGAAAUAGAUGCUGGGAACAACUUGGAGACCUUUAAAAUGGGAAGUGGAGCUGAAGAAGCGAUUGAAGUUAAUGAUUUCCAGAAUGGCAUCACAGGAAUCCGUUUUGCUGGAGGGGAGAAGUGCUACAUCAAAGCACAGGUGAAGGCUCGACUUCCUGACGUGGGCACCAUGACCAAGAAGAGCAUCUCCUCGGAACUGGAAGGCAAGAUCAUGCCUGUUAAAUAUGAAGAAAAUUCUCUCAUCUGGGUGGCUGUAGACCAGCCCGUGAAGGACAACAGCUUCUUGAGUUCUAAAAUCUUAGAACUCUGUGGCGACCUUCCUAUUUUCUGGCUUAAACCAACCUAUGCAAAAGAAAUCCAGAGAGAAAGAAGAGAAUUGGUAAGAAAAAUUGUUACAACGAUGACCACAGGAAUAUUACGCAGUGGUCCACGGGGCAACCCACGGCCUGGAAGACCAAGUAACGAAACCAGACCCAGCGUUCAAGAGGAUUCAGAGCCCUUCAAUCCAGACAACCCUUACCACCAGCAGGAAGGAGAAGGCAUGACAUUCGACCCUAGAUUGGAUCAUGAAGGAAUCUGCUGUAUAGAAUGCAGGCGGAGCUACACCCACUGCCAGAAGAUCUGUGAACCACUGGGGGGCUAUUAUCCAUGGCCUUAUAAUUACCAGGGUUGCCGUUCAGCCUGUAGAGUUGUCAUGCCAUGUAGCUGGUGGGUGGCCCGCAUCUUGGGCAUAGUGUGAAAUCACUUCAUAUACCAGGUGCUGUAAAGAAUUAGCUCCAGAAACAACCAAAGUUUGAGGCAUCUUGAUGCUGCAGGGACCACAAAGUAUUUUAUAUUCCAUCUGAGCAAUGUUAUUCGAAACACUUAACAGAAUAUUUUUGAACUGCUUUACAGAACUGCACAUGUACUGAAAGGGUAGUUUAAGUCUAAAAUACCAUCAUAAUCCUUUCAUUGCUUGCUAGUUUUUGCUUUUCUUUGCCAGUAAGGCCUGCUUUUAAGACUUCCUUACCAAGCUCUUUUGAAAUAAUCAUGAAAAAUUAUUUACAAUUUGUCAAAGAUCUCAACUGUACACUUGAGUUCCUUUUAAAUCAUCACUGACUAAAACAAUUAAGUUGUCUUCUGUUGUUAUUUGUACAUAAUUCCUCAGUUGUUCUUAACCUUUACUUUUCUUUCCCAGUCUUGCAAAUGUGCCCCCAGAGUUCCUAGAUACAAACAAACAUAGACAGAAAAGGGAAAACAAGACAUAUAAUGGCAUCUGAGAGUGAACAUUAUAAGGCAGCUCAUAGGAAAU